ACAUUCAGCUGCAAUCCGUUUUGUAAACUACAGUGAAUGAGACGUAUCGCGUUGUUUUUAUGAGCGUGAUACUGUGCUUUCGCUGCGGCUUCUUGCUGCAUGACGAGGAGUAAUAAUAGUCUGUCGUAUUAUAUGCAAAUAUUCUUGUGUAUGUGACUUUUCAAUGAAUCAUUAGUUAAGAAAACGUAGCGUUAAUAUUUUCAUAUGUAAUAUAGACUAUAUCAACAAGAGUGUAGUGUUUUCAUUCGGUGUAUACAAUAAUUUAUCCUAAACGGCGAAGAUAAUUUCAACAGCUGUUUGGGCAUAGUAUGCUUCAUAUUUUGCCCGCUGCAACCAAGUUCCUGGACGGUUAUGGGGCGGCGGUCGACUACAAGCCAAAUAUUGUAGAGCACAAACGAAGACAGAAAAUGCGGGAGCCGGCAUCGGCUAUAUCAUGACGAAAACCUGCGCGAAUUAACAGUCCACCUUACACAAAGAAUAUUGACAUGUUCCGAAUGAGAACUUCGACAUAUUUUAUUUUAAUCGCUCCGAGGCGCACACGGAGGCAACUAAACAAAUACUUGUAAAGUAUUGAUAACGUCAAAUUAUCGCAUAUCUCGACUGAAUCCGUUGCGAAAACGCGUUAACCGAUAACAGUUGAUAAGUUGUGCUGAUUUUGAAUAGACGUCGUUCAGUGCUCGCGCUUCUGCGGUAGAAAGACGUGUUAAAUGUUGUGCCGAUAACGCUCGGCUUGAUGUUUAGAAACAUUUGACUAUUAGUCGCUGGUGUAAACAGAACGAGAAUAGCUACAUUGUGAAUUCGUAGUGCUGUAAUUAAAUUUGUGAGUGGGUCCGAAAGAUGCGGUCCGAAGAAUUGUGGUGUAGCCUGGCCGCGUUGGGCUGGUUUACCGCUUUUGUUGGAUGCCAUGCACCAGGAAGCGAGCUGGAGUCGGUCCGUUACGGUCCGGCCGAGGAUCGAAUCGACACUUUUACAAUCGCGAACAUUAAUGUGACGUAUGAACACGAGCGUCGUGGGAUAUACACAGAGAUAUCUGAGUCCGGCAAGUACGGGGAGGGGCAUAUCGGGUCGGCACAUGGUGUAGCGGUGCAUGUCCGGGCGAAAGGGCCAGGUGGGGAACGAGACCACUCGGGGUGCACGUGGCCACUCCUGUCAAUGGACGCGCCCGACGACCCGCUCCCCGACGAGCCGUGGAUCGCCGUCAUUAGAAGAGGAAAUUGUAACUUUGAAAUUAAGGUUCAGAAUGCAUGGCGGGCGAACGCAUCCGCCGUACUUGUGUACAACGACAGGGACACCACAGCCCUCGAGAAGAUGAAGCUGUCGUCUGAUAAUGGACGCAAUAUAAGUGCAGUGUUCACUUACAAAUGGAAGGGAGAGGAGAUCACGCGUCUCAUAGACAAUGGCACAAGAGUUAUGCUCGGCAUCACGAAGGGCCGCACUUUCGCCAAUGUUGGAAACAACAUAAACAAGACGUCGGUUCUGUUCGUGUCGAUCUCGUUCAUCGUGCUCAUGGUGAUAUCACUGGCGUGGCUGGUGUUCUACUACAUACAACGCUUCCGAUAUAUACACGCCAAGGACCGUCUCUCUAAACGGUUGUGCUGUGCUGCAAAAAAAGCCUUAUCCAAGAUACCUGUAAAGAGUUUAAAGACUGAUGAUAGAGAAGUACAGGGAGAUGGCGAAUGUUGUGCCAUUUGCAUAGAACCUUAUAAAGUGUCUGAGACCCUUAGAUCUCUUCCUUGUAGACACGAUUUCCACAAGAAUUGUAUAGAUCCGUGGUUGCUAGAGCACCGCACAUGUCCCAUGUGCAAGAUGGAUAUACUCAAGCACUACGGCUUUGUGUACACCGGUAGUCAAGAAAGCAUCCUACAAUUGGACGUCGAGGAAGCUCGAAGUCGCGCCCUCAGCCCCGCGCGCAACAGGCAUCCCCUCACGCUGCUAACGAGCGACAACUCGUACGAGGAGGCGACGAGCGAGCGCAGCAGCCGCGCGUCGUCGCCCGACGAGCUGGUGCCGUCGCUGCGCUGCGAGCCCGUCACCACCACCGCGCACACUUCCGCUUCCGCUUCCGGUUCUGCGCAUUCACACGCCCGACAUACAGACUCGCGAUGUGGUCACUCUUCCAGAUCGUGCACGUCGACACCCAGCGGAUCGCGGACAGAGAGUUCGAGACAACAGAUGGGCUCGACGAGCUCUGCACCCGUUCUCGAUUGAACGGUAAAUGGUCAACCCACCGUCGUGCCAAACUACGCCUAAGUUAUGUGCAGAGACUGAUGGGACGGCGCUGCGUGAUCACAACAUACGUGAACAGUGCUAACUAGUGCGGUCCAUACGAGUGAUGUGUUCAUAAAAAUAUAUUAGAAAAAUACUCAAAAAAGUAUGUGAACUCUAUGAAAGUGAAUUUCCAGUGAAAGAUAUGGAUGACACGUGAUAUUUUUAUUUUUAAGGACAAUAUAGAUUUUUUAUGGAUUAGCUGAUACGUUGGUAGAUAGGAAUCCGCAACUCCGCCUAGUCAACGAAAUAGUGUUGUCUGCCAACAGGCAAGCAUACAUGCCAUUUACGACCACCAUGAAUAUUAUACAACCGUUUCCUCUGUAUUUAGUAGAAGUAGAGAUGUGUCUUAUACUUUGCUAUCAAUACUAAAUAAAAACGGAUAUUAAUGAAUAAUAUAAUAUUUUAUGUUGCGUGGUUUAUGGAAUUUUAAAUUUCAAUGCAAAUUUAUUAGCUUGUAAACUGAAACGAAAAUAAAAUAACAGUGUCAGAUGUAUUAAGUCCACAAUACAGAACAUAUACUUUUUUUAAUCGCUAUAAAUAAUAGCAAAAGAAUAAAGCUGAUAUUUCUUUAGAAUAAUAAUUUAUGUUAAAUUCCUUCUUCAGACACCAUUUAAGUACCUAAAUGGUGUAGACAGUGAGCUCAUUGUCAAAAGGUGUAUAUAAAUGAAAUUUAUCGUAAACACUGCCUUAAGUUCCAAAAAAGCGAGCCACUGUACUUAAAUUGGUUCAUGAUCUCAUUUGUAUCCUUUAAUGAAAAUAUUUUUAUGUACAUAUUAAUGCUUAAAAUACGGUUGUGGUGGCCCUAUAUUAUAUUCAUAUUAAAUUAAUUAAAUAUGUUCUGUGCCGCAUAAUUGCAUUAGUCGCGUGGAACAUACAAGGCAAUCGUUACGUUGUGUGAGAGCUGUGUUAAAGAGUAUCCGUCCACAAUAAUGUAAAUUAUAGGUAUAUUAUUCCCUGGUUUGAUAAAUUACAUUUUCUGAUAUUACUAGAGUUAACAUUGUGAUGCGAAGUGAAAUAGACAUAUUCAUUUAUACAGAACAUAGAAUGCAUACCGCUCACAUCUUAGAUGCACAGAAGCAUUUUUUGGUUGACAAAUAAAAAAAUCGUACAUUAAUUUGAUUCAUUAAAUUUAAAACAUAUAUUGCAAUCUAUUAUAGCUAGUAUAGGCGAAUUCUUGUAUUAAAUGUUUCGAAUAAAACUACUUUAUAAACAUUUUGUCUUAUAUUGGAAUGGUACGGACAGCUUUUUGUACUAGCUGUGCUUAAAAUUAGUGAUUGUACUUAUAUUUUUUGUUUUACUCUUCCAAAUGAUUUCAGUAUGAUUUUAUGGUAUAUGAAAUAAUAUAUUACUAUUGUAUAGAUGUCUUUUAACAUAUCUGUCUUAUUAUGUGUAAUAACAGUUGUGUAUAACCUGGUAGCACAUUGUAGAGAGACUAAAAGUAU